CUGUGGCCAGUUUUUUUGUGUGUGAUUGACGCUUGAUGCUCGCUGUGGUUCUCCUGUGAGCAAGUUCUGUAAAAUGACACCUAAGUACGUUAAAGUCCACGUAGUCAGACAUGAGAGUGUCUAGUGUCUAUCGAAUGUGUCUAUCUGGACAGUCUCAGUCCUCAGCUUCAUCAUGGCUGGACGCCUGCUGUUUGUCAUCCUCAUGUACUCCUAUCGUGAGAUUCAGGUUGAAGCUCGUCUUCCACCUACACUAAUAGUGAAUUCACCGGUGAUCACAGAGACAGAGUCAGUCACACUGGACUGUCGGGCUCCAUCGUCUGUUUCUGUGUCUCAGUGUUAUAUCUACAUUGUUGGGCGGGAAUCUCCCACAAUCCUCUCUUGUAUGAAGACACUGACAGGAAGUGAGCUGCUGAUAAAGGCAAAUCAGAGUUCACCUGCUGAGGUUAAAGUGAAAUGUUUCUACACUGUAAAGCAAGGACAGGUCGAUUCACCUUCUCCACACAGUGACGCAUCCUCCAUCACCAUACAAAAGCAGAACCCACAGAUGAGUGCACAUUUUGAUGGUGAAUUCAUUCUCUUUACCUGCUCUCUGCCUGGAUCUGCGAAUAAUAAUACAAGAUGUAACCUGUACUUUGGAGAAGCAACUCACCCAAUAGUAACAGGCAGGAUCUGGAAGACAAUGACCUCGACCAAUCAGAGGUUCUGCCAGUUUACUGUCACAAUUGAUGAUUUGCUGAGACGUCUACGUUUAGUUCAACAAAGUGAUGCCAGCUGUGAUUACACUUUGGGAAGUGACCCCAACUCUUUGUCUCCUCGUAGUGACAGAUACAGCCUGACUGAUAUUGUGAAAAAGGAAUCAGGCACGGUCUCCACAAGACAACCAUUUACUACAACCACAGAUAGUGUGAAAAGAGAAUCAAGCAUGGCCUCAACAAGAGCUCCAUUCACUGCGACCAAAGAUUUGAUUGACAGGCCUGGUGCUUCCACAACUCCUGUGAAACCAGCAGAAGAUAUUGUGGAAAAACAGCCAGAUGUGAUGCUGUCUAUGCCACCAUCUACUGUGACCACAGGACUGACUGAUAGCAAGCUUCACUCCUCCGCUCCUGUACCUCCUACCAAAAAACCCCCGGGAGUGACUGCUGGUAGACCAAGCUACACUGGUAGCUUUAUCUCUGCUUCCCUGACACCAGUGAGACCAACCUCAGGUCAGACACCUCCAAAGCCUGGCAAUAAUGCUAACUCAUUCCCUGUAACCCCACCAAACUCAACAUCAGUAGAAACAUGGACAUGGAAGUUGGUAGUAGCUGCGGCUUGUUUCGGAGGUGUUGUCUUUCUGGGACUGGCACUUCUCUGUGCCAAAAGAAGAACUGGAAGAUGUUCUAGAAAGAGGACACGAGCCAAUGUCUCCGAUGACUUAAUGCGCAUGAAAAAUCUUGACCAUGGAGGAUGGUUACCAGCAGGUAAUGAUGAAGCAUACAGUGUGAUCACCUCAGUGCCUGCUGCUGACUGUCCUGCUGGUUCUCAGAAACGUAAUGGACAAGAGUCUCAAAAUGAGGAUUUAGACGUAUACCAUGUGUACGCCACCGUAUCUGAGGAGCCACAUCCAUCAGCCCUGAAGGACAUGGUGUACAGCACUCUGCAGGCACACUGACACAUAAAGCUUUGCUGUAUCUGUUUUUAAACCAUGUGAAAAUUUUAAACUUGUCUUUUAUAGAGUAUCUUAUGAGAUCUAAUAGGUAGAGAAGUUGAUGGUUAUACGUGUAGUCUGGUGUUGACCUGUGAAGUCUUUCACACAUACGACAGUGGAAUCUUUCUAGUUAGGCUAAAAGCAACUGGUGUGAAUAAAACAUUUCUCCUUUAUUGGUUAGGGAGGUACUGAGCGUUUGAGGUUACCUCUCUUAGCAUUUUCACUUGCAGAGUGCCUCAAGGCAGUGUCCUAGGCCCCCUUAUGUUUUUGUUUCAUUUUAAUGACAUUAAAACAAACAAAACAACAACAACAACAACAACAACAACAACAAGACAGACUAGAAGACACAGGAGAAAUUAGUUGAUCAGUUAAAUACAUUGUCAGACAUUAGGCUGCUUUUACGCUUAGGCCUAGUCUAUCUUGUUUGGAUUAAUGAGGCUAAGGACAGUCUCUUACUGGGACAUUAAUAUUGGUGUUAGUUUGUGACAUUAGGCCCUUUUACAAACUUUGAAACACAAAAUCCAUGAAGCACAAAAACAGCUGGUCAGAGUGGUCCCAGUAUGUUGGCAGGUGUUAUUCCUGCAGUUUCACUAGCUUCCAGCAGAGGGCUGAGCAUGUCACUGUAUUUAAAUAUUGUUUGUACUGUAGGAUUUUACAUCAAAGUCUCAGCUGCUUAUGACUGAAUUCUUCAAAUUAUUCUGAUUCCUUUUUAUGUUUUACUUUUUAAGUAACUGAUAUUUACACAUUGAACUAUGUCAUUCAACAAUAAGACAACCUUUUGUUAUGAUGUGAUUUCUGUGGCUUUUCUUUGCUUUUUCUCUGGGGUCAUUUCACUUCACAUGUUACUGCACUAAAUACAUGAGCUGUAAGAUAGCAAUCUGUCCAUCUAUCUAUCUAUCUAUCUAUCUAUCUAUCUAUCUAUCUAUCUAUCUAUCUAUCUAUCUAUCUAUCUAUCUAUCUAUCUAUCGUGAUCUAAAUAAAUAAAACAUGCAACUGAACCCAGCUGUUGGAGCCACAAUGACAUUAUUUGUAUUGAUUCAGGUUUAACUAAUGGAGACAUGUACAUAGAUGCAGUUUUGUUGUUUGUGCACAGGGUGGCGCACUAGCACAGGAAAACGCAGGUAAUAUAGUUAAGGUGCAGGUGGUGAGCAGCAGGUAUGUGAUGGGGGAAGCAAGUAAUUUUUUGACCGUGUAAUGAAGAGUUUGUAGCAUGUUGAAACUGAAAUUUGAUGAGUGGAA